UCUUGUGGGGAUGGUCUGAAGGAGGGGGGCAUGGUGAAACAUCCGGGCUCAUCUCUCACCGGUCCGCCCCCCAAUUUUUACUUCCACUUUAGACACCACACACUGCAUGUUAGCACCACACACGCAGCAAACACACACUUACACAGAGGGACCCCGGGGUGAAGUACAUCUUUAUUUAAACUGCUAACAAAUAAAAGCUGUGGAUAGAGAGCUAUGGUUUUGAGUUCUGAAGGAAAUUAAAGUUCACAGGUGGCUUUUGAGUCAAGCUUCAAGCAGUUUUUGAUCUCAUGAAGAUGGUGAGAGGAAGAGGAGGUGUGGUUCUGCCCCUGGGUCUGCUGGUGCUCUGUGGUUUCCUCUUGAAAGUUUCCAUUUUUGUGAGUGACUCAGUGUGUUUCUGUACUGCAGCGUGUCAGUGUGUGUGUUUGUGCGAUAACUGUCAGUCAUGAAGAUCCUGGUGCUGCUGCUGGUGCUCCUCACAGUCUCUGAAUGUGAGAAGAAUGUCACUGGAAGAACGGGUCAGAGCAUCACUCUGCCCUGUAAAUAUGACAUAAAAAUCAACGGACCUACAGAGGUGUGUUGGGGUCGAGGUCCUCUUCCUAGCAGUGGCUGCACAAACCAGCUCCUCGCCACAGACGGACAUAAAGUGAUCAAAGAAAGCAGAGCUUCCAGCAGGUAUCAGCUGCAGGGACGACUGGAUGAAGGAGACGUUUCUCUGACCAUCAUGAACGUCACAGAGGAAGAUACUGGACUAUACGGAUGCAAAGUGGAGAUUGUUGGAUGGUUCAAUGAUGAGAAACAUCCUGUCCACUUAACUGUUAACAGAGCACCACGUUUGAUCUCUACACCUUCAUCAGGAACAACAUCUUCAUCAUCAGACAUUCAUCAGACCACAGCAGCCACUCCAACUUCAGGUGACUUCAUGGUACCAACAGGAAGUGAUGUCACAGACGGCAACAACACAGACCUGGUGAUAACUCCGGUUCAGCAGGAAAAUUCUCUGCACUUUUUCAUUGGAAACACUCUGCGAUUCUCCUUCAUCAUCUUCAUCCCUCUUUUGGUCUCAGCUUUGUUUUACCGAGUUUGGAGAUCUAACCUGAGAUUUCCAACAAACACGAGACCAGACCAACCAGAAGAGGGGAUGAUGAUUCUGUGUGAAGAGGAGUAAAUCACUGUUUUUUUAUUUUCUGAUGUAUACAUGUUUUCUCAUCUGCUUUUGACCUCAAGUUGACCACGCAGAUGGAAAAAAUACACACAUUUGUUACACAAAACCAAACCUGUCUGUCUUCUGAUUUUCAAUGCUUAGUUUUCUCCAUUUUCUCCGACUACAUAGGUCAGGUUGCACCACAAGGCUGUUUAUUCAAACUUGUGUAUUGCUUUGGAAUCCACUGUCAUUUCUUUCUAAACUGUCUUUUGAAUGUUUUCUUGCAAGUUUGUUCCAUGAAUCAGAAGAAAAAAUAAUCUGUGAAUUCUUCAUUUUCAUAACACAUUUUGUAUUUUCACUCAGAUGAGAAGAGUUUUACAUAUUAAUUAUAGUUUUGAAAUCAUCACAGUCGUCUUGUUCUGUCUUUGAAAACAAGUUAUAAUCCUUACUUGUUGGUUGUUUUUCUUGUAAGCGGAUAAGGAUUCCAAAAGAGCCAAAUCCAUGUGAUGGCUCCUACCAGGAGGAGCAGGAACAGUAGACAACAGAAGCUGUUUCUUAGCCCAGAUGAACAUGCCAUGGUGGAUAUGUACCUAUCUUUAGGUGGGAGAGGUUUCUAGCACAUCAUCCUAAAGUCCUCUAACACAGUGUUUUCAACCGGUGUGCUGUGGGAAAUGAUCAGGUGUACCGUGGGAAAUUACCCAUUCUCAAUGAUCAAGAAUGACGAUACGCUAUUUAUUCAUAGCUUCAGCUCUGUUUUUGGAAAAGUCCUGCUCCUUCAACUGUCUCUGCCAACCCUUCUUGGAUGCCUCAUCAUUCAACAUCAGUCUGACCAAUCAGAAGUGUUUAACAUCCUCACUUCCUUGUUUCAACUUGGCUCAUAAAGUAAAUAAA